AUGCCACCAUUGCCAGUUCACGCUGAAACCGAUAGCCCUGACGAUGAACAAUUAUUAUUAGGUUAUAGGGAAGCCGAAAUUAUUGGCCAGCUAGAAAAUUCUCCUGAUAAACCCACUAUUCUAUCUCCCGAUGUUUCCGUCGUUCUCAAAACAAGGUUUUUGAAAAUAAUUAAAUAUAAAGAUAAAGCAUUCCCCCCAGUUGCCCCAAAUUUCAUCGUUGAGUUGCGUUCGUUAAGUGAUUCCCCUCAAUAUCUUCAUCAAAAAAUGAUUCAUUGGGUGAACGCAGGUGUAGAUGAGGGAAUCUCCAUAGACUUAAUUACAAAUCCACCGGAGGUUAGCAUCUAUACAUUUAAUUCUGACACUAAUAAAGUCAUUUGGAAAUCAUUAGUAAAACCCGAUCAGGUUGAAUCAGAAGUUCUCAAAGG